AUGGCAGCCAAGGGUACCAGAUGCGCGUUGAUGUCCAGCCUCGCAGUUUGCUUUCUUGCCCUGUUAUUUGCCCAGGCUGCUGAAGGGGAAGCCAACACUGGUUUCUGGCUUGACACAAAUCAGGCUGUUGAUCAGCAGCAAAGACCCUGUGAAUAUGGAGACUGCAUGGAGGAAUUGUUCGUUCGAAAGCUGCAGCAAGAUUCCGACUCUGCGCCGGCUUGCACGUGGGUAGCUGGAGAGUGCAGGGUGAACACAUUUGGAAAAGUCCACGACGUCGACACUGCGAACUACAUCCUGGCUUCUGUGGUUUGCAGCAACCACGUGGUGGAUCAAGCUGACUGUCAGUCGAAUCUGCAUUGUUUGUGGUAUGGAUCAGAUUGCAGGCAGGACUACUUGUUCUACCUUCAAGACUGUGUUCAACAAGAGUGGCUCACACUCUACAGGGCCCUCCUGUGCAACCAGUUCACCAACCAGGAGAAAUGCGAGGUCAUAGCAGGGUGCAAUUGGAACAAAGGUGCCGGAAAGUGUACCGAAGAUUUCAAUGAAGUUGCAAAGGACAUCGGAGCCAAUUCCGACCUGAGGGACGCCUUUGAGAAGUUCUCUGAGUGCCAAAGCAAGACCGAGUGCGACGAUUUCUGCACGCCCGGGGAAGGCGGCACGUGCGACUACGUGCCCCUGAGCGACCCCAUCAAUUGGUUCAUCGACCCACCUCCAUCGCAGCAUUGCCAAGUCCAGCUGCAGCUGCACAGAUGCUUUGACUCGAAAUCAUGCGACACCCCCUGCGAGCCCCACGCAGAUGGAACCUGUGGCAUGGAUUUUUACGGAAAGGACGUCAUACGGCUUCUGCACGAAGAUAAUGCCGUGCUCAAGAAGGAAUUGCUUCGCGCUGUCAACAAGUGCCCAAAGCAAAAGUCUGAGUUCGAAUGCGAUGCAUACGGUAAUUAG